AUGGGGUUCCUAGGAAGGUUAUCCAGCACUGAGACUCGGAGGUGUUUCUCAAACACACGCAAUGUUUACAAGAAGCUCAAUAAGUACUCCUACAUCAUCACGGAGCCAAAAGACCAGGGUGCGUCCCAGGCGAUGCUUUUCGCUACCGGCUUCAAGCAAGAGGACUUCAACAAGCCACAGGUCGGUGUGGGCUCGUGCUGGUGGUCAGGCAACCCAUGUAACAUGCACUUGCUAGACUUCAACCAUAGGAUCACCGCGUCCGUGGAGAAGGCCGGGCUCAAGGGUAUGCAGUUCAACACAAUUGGUGUGUCGGACGGUAUCUCGAUGGGUACCAAGGGUAUGCGUUACUCGCUGCAGAGCAGAGAGAUCAUCGCAGACUCCUUCGAGACCAUCAUGAUGGCGCAGCACUACGACGCGAACAUCGCAAUUCCCUCGUGUGACAAGAACAUGCCCGGUGUUCUGAUGGCCAUGGGAAGACACAACCGUCCCUCCAUCAUGGUCUACGGUGGUACCAUCCUGCCCGGUCACCCCAGCUGUGGGUCGCAGAACAUCCCCAAGAACAUUGACGUUGUCUCUGCGUUCCAGUCCUACGGCCAGUACCUGUCCAAGUCUUUCACCGAGAACGAGCGCCAAGACGUCGUGAAGAACGCGUGCCCCGGCCCCGGCUCGUGCGGUGGUAUGUACACUGCCAACACCAUGGCCUCCGUUGCCGAGGUGCUCGGUAUAACCCUGCCAAACAGUUCCUCGCACCCUGCUGUGUCCAAGGAGAAGCUUGCCGAGUGUGACUCCAUUGGUGAGGCCAUCAAGAAGACCAUGGAGCUGGGUAUCACCCCACGUGACAUCAUGACCAAAGAGGCCUUCCUCAAUGCAAUCACCUACGUCGUGGCCACCGGUGGCUCCACCAACGCCGUCCUGCACAUGGUCGCCGUUGCUCAGUCUGCCGGCGUGAAGAUUACCCCCGACGACUUCCAGCGCAUCAGCGACAAGACUCCUUUGCUGGGUGACUUCAAGCCUUCCGGUAAGUACGUCAUGGCCGACUUGAUCAAGGUCGGUGGUACCCAGUCUGUCAUCAAGUUCCUAUACGAAGAGGGUUUCUUGAACGGAAACACCAUGACCGUCACUGGUGAGACCCUGGAGCAGCGUGCUGCCAAGGCCGCGCCUCUGCCAGAGGGCCAGGAUAUCAUCAAGCCCAUCUCGCAACCUAUCAAGCCACAAGGUCAUCUCCAGAUCUUGUACGGUUCCCUGGCUCCAGGCGGUGCCGUCGGUAAAAUCACCGGUAAGGAAGGUACCUACUUCAAGGGUAAGGCUCGUGUUUUCGACGAAGAAGCAGGCUUCAUUCACGCUCUGGAAAGAGGCGAAAUCAAGAAGGGCGAGAAGACUGUCGUUGUUAUCAGAUACGAGGGUCCAAAGGGUGGCCCAGGUAUGCCAGAAAUGUUGAAGCCAUCUUCUGCUCUUAUGGGCUAUGGUUUGGGUAAGGACGUUGCCCUCUUGACUGACGGUAGAUUUUCUGGUGGUUCCCACGGGUUCUUGAUCGGCCACAUUGUUCCCGAGGCCGCUGAGGGUGGUCCAAUUGCCCUUGUCAAGGACGGCGAUGAGAUCAUCAUCGACUCCAACAACAACAAGAUCGACGUUUGUGUCUCCGAGGAAGAACUCGCCCAGCGUAAAACCCAGUGGCAGGAACCUGCUCCCCGCUACGCUAGGGGCACCCUGUCCAAGUACAGAAAGUUGGUUUCCAACGCCUCUCUGGGGUGUGUCACUGACGGUGACAACUGA